AUGGCGGAAACAUAUCCCAUUGGUACACGCAAAGAAUGCGAACGUCUAGUCAAGGACUGGGGCUUCAAGCAUGUCUUUACUUGGGCGGACGGAAGCAAUGCCCACUAUCCACCACACUCCCAUGGCGGUGUCACCACCCAUCUAAUACGGCAGGGGACUCUGGCAAUCACCUACCCAGAUGACAAUGCUAAGUUGCAUAAUGGGGAGGUGAAAAAGGAGACGUUUGGGGUUGGUGCGAGACUGGAUGUUCCAGCUGGCAAGUUACACGAGGUAGGAGCGGAUGUGGGUUACGGCUUGUCCCUUACGGAUUAUGAUCACUUGAGCGAUGUGUUGUAUUAUGAGUUUGCUCUAUUGUCUAAUCUAUAG